GCAUACUUGCGCUUAAGUGGUGUGCAAUUUGCUGUGGAGGUGUGCAGCACAAGCAGCUCGUCACCGACAGGACAAUUACCCGCGUUGGAAAAAGGGGCGUACAUAUCGCCCGCGGCGCCGGACGAGUUUGUUUCCGCCGCAGCCGUAAUUGCGUACGCGAAGAAGAACAUCAAGGAUCUUGAUGCACACUUAUCACUGAGCCAACGCGCGGACCAACUGGCGUUUACAAACCUUAUUGACAGCAGGCUUAACGUCGCAACCAACGUCACGAUGUGGUGCGAGAGCCGUGGCUUCAACAUAGUGAAAAAGGCCGCGUACGGCACGAAGCUACCCUUUCCCUUGAACCAGCUUGUGCCCUGGAGCAAGCAGCGAGAGGUGCGGCGGCGGCUGGCGCAGACGGACAUGGAUCAGGUGUAUCCGAGAGCAAUGGAAGUGUUGGACGCAGUGGCGGACCACCUUCGAUCUACCGGGGCCCCUUUCUUCUUCGGGUCGCAUCCCACAAGCUUGGAUGCGCUUCUGCUGGGUCACCUGCUAUUUUACCGCUUGUCGCCCGCGUCUGCACCAGUGCUGCAGGACAAGGUGCAAUCCCAGCGCGUGCUCUGCGAGUACGUCGACCGGCUGAUGAGCCUAAACUUCUUAACACCCGCUACGCCACGUUCCGCGAUCGAGUCCGGCACCGGGGGCCCCAGCUGGUCGGAUGCAGCCAGGGGCCAGAAGAAGACCCCGGCCCCCACCGUGGAGCCCAGCUCUGCUGAGCGGCAGUUCCGACGCCACAGUUACUACUGGUUGCUGGGGGCCGGCACUGCUAUAGCGAGCUACGUCUUGCUCAGUGGGAGGUAUAUCCAGUUCGCAACGGUGAUGGAGCAAGGCGCCGUGGUAGGCCAAGGCGUCGGUGUCGCGGCUAAGGGUAAGGAGGAUGUGGCGCCAGCCGGCCCAGCAGACGUACAGACCCGGCAGCUACCACAUCAGCUGCAGGCGUCACUCCAAGGAAAACAUUCGAGACCGCCAGGCGAGCAACCGCAGUACCAGCCCCCGAGCCCCCGAGCCGCAGGCCUAGAAAGGACUCCCGAGGCGGGUGCAAGUGGAGGCACUUCGGCCGGCCGCCAGGGCAAGGCUAAGGCGGCUGCUGUUGCGGCGGCCAAGGGCGCAGCCAGCACUGGCCGAGCUGCCAAAGGUGCCGCUGGGGCAACGGUGGAGCGCGCCGGCGCGGCCGCCAAGGCGGGAUCCAAAGCGGGCGGCGAGGCGGCAGUCAGGAUGGGGGCGCAAGGUGCCAGUGGUGCUGCGAAAAUGGUAGAGCAAGGCGCGAGCGGUAUGGCCAAGAUGGCGUCGCAAGGGGUCGGCAGGGCGGCGGCCGUGGCCAGGGAGGCCCCUGGCGUGGUGGUCAGUGCUACCAAAGGCGCGGCCAGCGCCUCCCGGAGGGCAGUUGGAACCGCGGCGUACGGCGCACGGUCGGCUGUCCAGACAGGUCGCGGCGCGGCAAGUAUGGGUGCCUGGGCGGCGGGUGCCGGCGCCGACGCGGUGCAGCGGGGGGCAAUGCGGGUGGCGCAGGGCAUCCAGACACUGUUUCACCUUUGGUAUUUUGCGGUCGUACAGCUGCCGUACAGGUUGGCUGCUGGGAGCCUGCACAUGGGAUGGUUGGCUGGUAACUCUGCGGCUUCCGCUGCAUCCCGCGGCGCUGUGUGGUUUCUGGACUCGGCCACCUGGGCGGGCGAGCUCGCUUAUCGGUGGCUCCUGGACGGCAUCAUGCGAGUCAAUCGCGGCAUGGACGCCGCCAUUUCCGCCACACCGCCGCUGGUCAAGGGCCAGCUGGCGCGUGCGGCCGUGGUGGCUGCACCCGAGGGGCCGGAACUGGUAGACAGCCUUUAUAACAAGUCCCCGGCGCAGGUCGGCGGCAUCUUCCGGGGAUUGACAGCUGCCGCAGCUGCUGUGAAGCAGGAGCCCCUGGUUGUGGGCGGCGAGGUCAAGGGAGCCGGAGGUCCCGGUGGACAUGACCUCGUGGAGCAGGUCAAUGCGGCCCUGCAUGCAGCCUUCGACCGCCCUGACGUGUCCCUGGAGAUGGAGAAGGGGGAGCCGCAGCCGGAGCAGCAAGGGCAGCCGCAGCCGGGAGGGGCGCCGUCUGGGGCCGCUAAGGACGGCGGUGCUGCGGCGCUGCGCUCUGUGGACGUCCUGCACGAUAAACUCCUUGACCAGGCUCGGCUGCUGGUGUGGCAUUUCUGGAUGGUGGGCCGACUGCAGCUCACGGCGGCCGCCGAAGUAGCAGCCGUCACCCGGGGCAUGUGGAGCUGGCUACUGCGCUGCGUCGCACACCUGGGGGCGGCGCUGGGACUGCUGGCCGCGAUGGCCAUGGCGGCCGCCGGCGGAGCCGUCGUCGCCGCCGGCGCCUGGGCACUGGCAAGCGGUGUACGACAGCUACGUAUGGCAGCCACGUUGGAAGUCCGCGCGCGCCGGAUGUGGUCCCCGCUGGCGCUGCGCGCCAUUGACAUGGUCUCUGCGCUUGCGGGACCCUUGCUGCGCACCCCACCACUGCCUUCCCCGCGCGGGCGGGCCCUGGGCGGCGAGGAGAAGGUUGCGGAGGCAGAGGAACAGCCCGGCGUGCGGAAGGACGAGGAAGAGAAAGAGAAGCCGGCGCAUCCCGAGGCUGCAGCCAAGGCUGCUGAGGAUACAAAGCCGGAGACGGGUGGCAAGGAGGGCAGGGCCAAGGGGAUGGUGGCCACGGCGGCAGCGGCGGCAGCGCCGCUGUUUGAGGCUAUUCGUGGCGGCCAAGCCUACGCGCGGGACUCCCUUGCUGCAACACGACACUUCGUACAGAGCCUGGUACCCAAGGACCCCGAGCGGGAGGAGGCGGAGGCAGCCCGGGCCGUGGAGGCCUUCGCAGAGCUGUCGGCAGUGCUGCGCAGCUCCGAUAGGGCUUUCACCACCACCUGGCGCCUGGCGCAGGCCAGCAUGGCGGCCCUCACCGACCUGGCAGGGAACCUGAUCACUGAUGUGGCGCGCAGGUACCACAUCCCGAUCCCCAAGUUCGAAUGGUUCAAGGGCAAGGCCGCGCAGCUGGCACAGAACCGGGCUAUCGCGAGUUUCGCUAAGAUCGCGGGCACGGGGCCGGCAUCCGUUGUGGCGGGCAUGGUGGGCGCUCCCAUGCCAAUCGCCGCGGGUGGCAAGGGGUAUGAGAGCGGCGACGAUAAGAACGGCAGACAGCAGGGGGAGCAGGCUGCUGGUGGCGGCGAGGGCAAGGCGACUACCGGCGGCCGGGAGCAGGAGGUCGGGGAAUAA